CAUGUGUGGUGUAUCUGGAUGCGUCGCAGAGUACGCUGACCAUCGCAUACGAGGUGAGGGGAACAUGAUCGUCGUCAGCCGUCCUACUGAUGACGUAAUCGAAUGCCCGUGUCGCCGGUAAUAGCUCACGGACGGAGGUCGAUGCUCGAUGUUCGAAUCAAUAGCUCUCCAACUCUUCCCCAAACCCUGUUCCUGCAUGCUUUCUGCACCGUAUCAAGUACUAUCUUAUACCUCUCGCCUCAGCCGUAGCCUAUAUGCUACUCGCCAGAUUAUUCGUCAAAAAGACACCUCUUGUUCCGCUCAACCGAUCUUUCUCUUCAUCCAUAUCCCACAAGAUGCAGAUCCACCCCCUCCUGGCUCGAUCGGACAACUGGAUGUACCUCGUCGUCGACGAGGUGUCCAACGAAGCCGCCGUGGUGGAUCCUUAUGAUUGGAAGAAGAUGUUGGGGUUGGUCAAGGAGAAGGGAGUGAACGUCACGACCUUGAUCACGACGCAUCAUCAUGAUGACCACUCGGGCGGCAACAUCCAGUUCCUGUCGAACCACCCCCAAGGGUCCUCCAUCAAGGCCUAUGCCGGCUCCCGAUCUCCCGGGACCAAUACGGUCAUCAAGGACAAGGAUGAAUUCACUUUCGGCAAGAACAUCAAGGUCAAGGCGCUCCAUACGCCGUGUCAUACACAGGACAGCAUCUGUUUCUAUUUGCAAGAUGAGCAAGGGAAGAAGGCUGUCUUCACCGGAGACACCUUAUUCCAAGGCGGAUGCGGAAGGUUCUUCGAGGGUACUCCUGAGGAGAUGCACAAGGCUUUGAUUUAUCUCGGGACUCUGCCCGAGGACACGAUCGUUUACAACGGUCAUGAGUACACCCCCGGGAAUGCCAAGUUUGCGCUCAAGAUCGAACCCGACAACGCUGACGUCAAGCGACUGGCCAAGUUGGCAGAAGACAACGACUGUACCGCAGGGCUCUCGACAAUCGCCGAUGAGAAAAAGUGGAACGUCUUCAUGCGACUGGAUCAGCCGGCCGUCCAGAAGGCUACCGGCGCUACUGAUGCGGUCUCGGUCAUGGGUGCCCUGCGUGAGCUGAAGAACAAGGCCUGAUUUUGGUUCGUUUUGAGGGGAGAUGUCGGACGAUGUAUCGGCCGAUUGUAAAGGGUCGAGGGCGAGCAGGUGAGCUGUGUUGUAAAAGAAGUACACGGCGCUUCCGAGACGCGAUGGAAUGUGAUCCGAAAUU